AUGGAGGGCGUAGAAGCAUCGUCCGCCUUGCCACCAUCUGGUCGGCGAAAGUCGGUAUUCAUGGAGGUUGGCCUAGUCGACGAAGCAACAAUACGACGAGAACGCAGUCCUGCACCCACUUUGAACGCCGACCACAGUCCGAGUUCUUUACGACCAUCACGGUUCGUGCGCUUUCAGAGUAGCGACAACAUUGUUGAGGAAGAGGAGGAGGUCCAUGGCGAGGAUCAUGAUAUCGAUUCUGAGAAGGAUGACGACGUUCAGCCUGAUGUCGUCGUCGCUUAUCCUAACAACUAUGGUGCAUCAAGGUUCUAUCGCGUUGGUAUAUUGGCCAUCGUUUUGGCUUUGAUGCUACCAGUCCUACAAACGAACCCAACAUCUUUCAUGGGCGUCAGAGGAGGCGUCAUCCCACGGGAGCAAAUGGAACGCAGCAGCCUCAUGAAACGGGAGGACACCAACACUGAGGUGUGCAAAAGGUGGAGUCAUCAAUCUGCGAUCGUGAAUGGAACAUUGUAUAUCUACGGAGGUCGGUCGACUACAGAGGCAAAACAAACCAGCAACACUUGGGGAAACGACUUCCUUUCACUCGACCUUACCAAAUCGUGGCAAAUUAGCAACCCCUCCUUGACUGGUCUUCCUCGACCGUCCGGCCCACCGGAAGUCUCCAACGGAUACCUUUGGGCGUCCCACGAAUCGUUGUACUUGUAUGGAGGAGAGUUCUCGGAUGAUCCCCAAGGAACUCCCACUGCGUUCUCGACAUGGGAAUACAAGAUUGGCUCGAAAGAGUGGGUAGAACAUAAGGAUCCAAAGACGUCAGCUGGGCAAAAUGCGGAAGAAGAUGGACAAUCUGUGCAACGCUCUGCCGAAGGUGCUGGCUUUAGUGUCAGAGCACUCGGUCGAGGAUGGUAUUUUGGAGGACAUCUGGACUUCCUUACCACUGAAGGGUGGAGCAUUGAUAUCGAACGAAUCUAUUUGAAGGGCCUACUUGAAUACACAUUCCCGGGAUUUUCGAACAACGGCGUCAAAUCAUUGACCGAUGGGAAGACGGCAGGCAGCGAGGGCGUCUACAGAAACAUUACUGAAGGUGGUCUGCAGGAUACAGCUGGCUUCACGGAGAGAGCAGACGGAUUGCUCUUGUACGUUCCCGGAUUCGGAGACGAGGGACUCCUUCUAGGUUUGACUGGUGGCAUCAACGAUUCAUUCACACAGAUGAAUGUCAUUGACGUCUAUGAUAUCUCCAAAUCCCAGUGGUACAAACAAAACACCAACGGCAAGAUGCCCAACUACCGUGUUAACCCAUGUGCGGUAGUUGCUGCUGCAGCCGAUGGUUCCUCCUACAACGUCUACAUGUUCGGCGGUCAAAACCUUCAGCCGUUCAAGAAUCAGACCCAGUACGAUGACAUGUGGAUACUGUCAGUACCUUCGUUCACAUGGAUCGAGGUGGAUAUGGAAUCCCAGUCAGUACCGUACGCACGAGCAGGACACUCCUGCCACAUAUGGGACGGCCAAAUGAUUGUCAUUGGCGGUUACGUGGGCGAAGAGCUCACCUGCGAAUCACCUGGAAUCUACGUCUUCAACACCUCGAGCCUGUCUUGGUCGGAUCAAUUCACCGCGCUGACGGGCGAAAACGCUCUUCAAGCAUUUAACGGAAAGGAAGACGAGAGAGGGAAUCCGCUUGCACAACAAGCCAACCAACGAGGUUUUGACAGCAAGGCAGGUCUCGAGGGAUCUUAUGGCUACUUUGUACCGGAUAAGGUCCAAUCCGUCAUCGGCGGCGAAGCGACGGGCGGCGCGACACUGACUGCACCCGUGCAAACUCCCAGCGAAGGCCCGCUCAAAACCGGAAAACCGCACACGUACACCGUCACUGGCCCUAACGGUGGCAUCAUCACCGAGAUCAGCGACCCCUCCAACAGGGGAGGAAGUGAUGGACCUAACGUGGGCGCCAUCGUAGCCGGCACUAUCGCAGGCGUUUUCGCUAUCAUCGCAGCAUACUUCGCGUUCUGUGCGUGGAUCUACAGAAAGCAAGUCAAGAUAUGGAAGAACCACGCGGCUAUGAUAGCCGCACGAGCUGAAAAGGAGAAGACGGAGGGCGCUACAGCCGUCACGAUGUCGUCUCAUAAGGACUCCAGCGAACGUACCGCGAGGGACGCGCUGUUCCCGCCUUCCAGCUCCGGAACCUCUGCUCGACAGCAUCCUCCUUCUAUCGCCGACGAGAUUCGCUUAAGCAACGAACGGACGGCAUAUACAGGCGCUGCAGGCGUCGCGGGAGGUGGUACGGAUGCCAUAGGAAGGAGAAGCAGCAUCAGCAGCUCCACAGACGAUCUCCUCGCCGGCCAGGAGCCGUCGUUCUGGGGUGCAAAGGGUGUAUUGUUGAAUCCACGACGCAGUCUGCGUGUCAUUAAUCGAGAUUGA